CCGCAAGCCGGGCUGCCCGCGCCACUAAGCUCCUCCGAGAAGCGAACUUCGGUGGGCCCCGGCGCUUCUGGACCCCAGGUCGCCGCCAGCACGCGACAUGGCCCCCGCAGCCGCGUCGGGGGGCAGCUCCCUGCCCAGCGGCUUCGCCGUCUUCACCACCUUCCCCGACCUGCUCUUCAUCUUCGAGUUUGUGUUUGGGGGCCUAGUGUGGAUUCUCAUCGCCUCGGCCCUGGUGGCCAUCCCCUUGGUGCAAGGCUGGGUGAUGUUCGUGUCCGUGUUCUGCUUCGUGGCUACCACUGCACUGACAGUCCUGUAUGUAAUUAAUGCCCAUGGUGGAGAGUCAUCCUGGAUCACCCUGGAUGCAGCCUACCACUGCACAGCCUCUCUGUUUUAUCUCAGUGCCUCUGUUCUUGAAGCCUUGGCCACCAUCUUGAUGUAUGAAGGCUACACCUACAAGCAGUACCAUGAGAACAUCUCUGCUGUGGUCUUCUCCUACGUAGCCACACUGAUUUACGUGGUCCACGCGGUGUUCUCACUCAUCAGAUGGAAGUCUUCUUAAAACAGCCUUCAAACCGUCGUGAGAGUCCAUGGCAUUGACUGGCCAGCAUAACUCCUGAGAAUAUAAAAGUGCUACUGCAGGCAGCAAAAGGAAGACAACAAAACAAUAAACCAAACCUACAGUGACACGAACUCCCCGGUCUCCCUUCCGCUCCCAAUUUCUUCAUGUUGGGAUUUGAAUGUUUGCUAUAAUUAACCUCCAACUAUGAAACUGUCCCAGAAUCUUUUGCUGUUUGUGAAGGGGCGGGAGAGGGUUGAGAAUUAUGACUGGAGGCACCUUCAAACAGAGACCUCCCACUGACUCCCAUAUCAGAUACUUUGGAAUUUUCCACCAGACUCUCUCUUGCUCUUUUUUUUUUUUUUUUUUGGUUACACCUGGCAGCACUCAGGGGUUACUCCUGACUAUACACUUAGGAAUCACUCCUGACUGACAUGGGGAACCAUAUGGGAAGCCUGGGGUUGAACCUGGGUCAGUCAUGUGCAAGAUAAAUGCCCUACCCACUGUGCUAUCACACUGGCCUCACCACGGGAUCUUUUGAGACCCAUCCCAUCCCUACCCUCCCACUUCCACUUGGGGUGUGUUUCUCAGUCUUCAUGGAUAUGUUCCAAGUCACGACAGAACAAUUCAUCAAACAAAUCUUGGCAGAUGUCAUGGUGGAAUUUCAAAUGUUUUAUAAAGUGCCUUUAUGUUCAACA